AACCACGGGAGGUUGUCGGGGACACAACGAUACUGGAUAAAUACAGAUAUCAACAUCCAGAAUCACAAUGAAUCGCCAAUCGGUAGUCCGACUAACUCGUCAAUUGGGAACCCCUCUGUCCGCAGAGCUCCCUCCGCCAUUCCUCGCUCCUGCAGUACAUGGCAAAUUUCAAUCAGCGAACUUUUCAUCUACAGCAUCCAAUGCCGCUCGCCAUUUCCCCGAUAAGAGCAAGCAACGUGGUGUUUCCGCCAUACACAGAACAGGCCCACGAUAUCCAUUGACUGUUGCAAAAUUUCCGUUACCCGUACCUGUAACCAAAGAAAAUCUCCCACCUCGCGAGAACAAUCCGAACCAUGGCCUUUGGGCCUUUUUCCCUCCCGAUAGGAUGCCCAUGAGCACACCAGAAUACGAUGUUGCGCACGGUCGUUCGUGGUCAAUUCAAGAAUUACGAGGAAAAUCCUGGGAGGAUCUACACUGUCUAUGGUGGGUUUGUGUGAAGGAGCGCAACCGCAUUGCUACAUCAAACAUGGAGAGAGAGCGUGCCAAGGCGGGUUUUGGAGAAGCAGAGUUGAUUGAUCGUGAUCGCGUGGUCCGGGCAACUCAGAGAGGAAUCAAGCACGUACUCCGAGAACGAUGGUACGCUUGGGAAGAUGCGCGACAGAUAUGGCUGAAGGAAGCGGAGGAGCAGUGGCAGACAGAACUCCAGAAAGAGCGUACAGCAAAGGCAGCAAAAUUAGAGGCAAAGAGGCAGUCACGAGCGGAGAAGAAAAAGAAGCCAGAAACACAGCCAGAGGCUUAGUUUGGAGCCUCGACUGAUAAUUAACAUACUUGAUAAUGGUAUACUCCAAUAUUCGAAGAAUCCACCCUGACGAAGCUACAUUCUGUACGCCCUGGAGCUUAUUUUGUAUCAACACUGCCUGUUUUAUGCUAUUCCAAGACCUGUGUAUUAUUAGACCCAUACAAAUUCAAUUGGAUGCUCGAU